ACCAAAGAAUGAAUCAAGAAAUAAUGAUUAUUACUGAUCAUUACAUAGUUGUUACUAGAAAUAAUUUUGUUAUGUAGAGAAGAGGAGUGUUAGAGUGGUCCCCUCCAGGUUUCAAAUAUGCUAGGCUUGCCACUAACUACAAGUGUUGCCCAAAGGGCACGGUCACUGUCUCUGUUGCCCAGGCUCACUGUAAACCAAUCACAUUCUCUUGUGAUCCUGUUCUCUUUUCUUUCCUUGCCAUUCUUAACAAACCCAGUAGUCAAUGCAGUUCAACUCAUCUUUAAUCCAUGUUCUUCUGGUCAUCUACUUCCCAGUCUAUCACUUUCUUUACCUGGCUCCUUUAAAAAAGUUUUCACUUCUCUUCUUAAAUUGUCUAUGCUAUUAUUUUCAUCUGUGGAUUGAUAAGUCUCAAAUUUAUAUCUUCAACUCUCACCUUUCCCCCAGACCCCAGAAGUAUAUACCCAACUCCCAUGCCACCGCUCCACCUGGAUGUCUAAUAGGCAUAUUAAAUUGACCAUGAUCAAAUAUGAUUUAAUGUUCUUGCCAUUAUCCAUGCUUUCCCCAGGGGUCCCCAUUUUAGUAAAUGGCAUCACUCUUCAACAAGUCAUUCAGAAUAUAACCUUGACCUUUCCCUACUCUAUUCCUCCUUUGCCCCACACCCAGUGCAUCAGUAAACCCUAAGAGGCUCCACCUGCUAUAUAUAACCAAAGUCUACCCAGCUCUCACUCCUUCCUUUACUGCCAUCUGAGAUCUGGAACUCUACAAGAGCUUGCUAUUUGGUUUCCUUGCUUACCUAUUUUCUUCCACAGCAGUGGCCUUAGUAAGAUUUAUAAAAUAUAAGUGAUCUUAUAUAAAUAAGUCAUAUCAUCCCUAAGCAAAAUGCUCCAGUAAUUUCUCAUCAAAUUUGCAAUAAACCCAGAACCCUUAUGUUGGUUGAUAAGUGCUCUAUAACCAGCCUGGCGCCAGUUGUGUUUUUGACCACUUUUCUCACUUCUCUUGCCUUUACUCACUUUGCUCUCUUCAGACACACUGCUUUUGUUGUAUUCCUUCAACACACCAACCACCCACCCCCCUGCCUUAGGCUCUUUAUACUUGCUGGCCCUUAGCCCAAAACAUUUGUCCCAGCUUUUUCUAUGGCUUACCCCACACGUCUGCAGCUCAUUGCUUAUAAGUCAUCUUUUCUGAGGUGUCUUCCCUGAACACAUUGCAUUAUAUACAACACAGAAGCACAUCCAACUGCCUUGCCUUCAUUUCUUUCCUUCAGGGAAUUUUUCAAUAUCUGACAUAUUGUAUAGUUAUCUUACACCUUAGAGUGUAGUCUCAAGAGGGCAAAAACCUUGCCUGCAUUGCCCACUGCUGAGUCACCAGAACUAGAAUUAGUAUAGAGAAGCUCUAUAGUUGUUGAAUUAACAAAUGAACUAAUCUACCCAACUUUUAUACCAAAUCCAAGCCUGUGCUCUUUUGUGUUCUGUAUUAUUCCUUUAUUUCCUCAACUCUUAUCAGUGAAUUAAGGAAGCAUCCUUGCCUUUUUGCUGGCACCAUUGAGCCCCAUCCUCGAAGUUUCCUGAGAGAGAUAUGUAGAAGUAGCUGUUCCUCGGGGGGCAUCUUUAGGAAAAGGGACAGUGAGGCUGGUCACAGCAGAAGUAGAUCCAGGCUUUCCCACCUGACAGCCUCCAAUAGUGGUCAUCCAACAGCCAUUCUCUGCUACUUCAUCUAGCUUUUGAAUCAUGGGAUUCAAUCCUGGUGACCAUGUGCUCCACUGUGGAGACUGUAUCAUAUAUAGGUCCAAUGGUCUAAAAUAAGGGAUUGUAGAGAUCUACUUAAUUUCUCAGCCACUAAUGAUGUAAAAGGAGGUCAUAUGACCCAGAACUGAACAAUGAAAUACAAGGGGAAAUCUGCUUGAGUUUCUAGGGGAAAAUUUGCUUCUAAAACAGAAAGGCAAAGCCUCCCAAAGAGAAUGGUUUUACCCCGACCUCCCUUCCUGUGGGGAAUAAGCUUAGGAAUUCCCUGAGCUUGCACCAAUGGGUUAACAAGGCAUAAAGAAAUAGAAAGCCACAGGAUGAAUGCGUCCAAGAUUAGGUAAACAAGAUUAGGUAAACAGGGCAAAGGCCCUCAGUAUAGGACAAAGGUAUAGGAAUAGGAAAUCUCAGGAUGAAAACAUCCAAGAUUAGGUAAACAAGAUUAGGUUUUCAGGGCAGAAGUGCCACCCAAUUUAGUACAAUAGCAGAAAGUUGCUUUCGAAGGAAGGAAGGAAGGAAGGAAGGAAGGAAGGAAGGAAGGAAGGAAGGAAGGAAGGACAAAAACAAGUAAACAGGACUCCCCUUGGCAGAGAACCAGAACAAAGGCAGCUGUUGCUUAUCAUGGAUGCACUGACGUUUAUCACAGUUGUGUGUCACACUCAAGCAAGCAGUUCUUUGAAAGUGUACUGGGGAGUGUGUUUGUUUGUCUGUGCUUUCUUAUGUGUUGAGGGGUGCCUAAGUCAGUUACCAUAAGGUGUAAAACAUCCUUUCCUGGCCAGUCUUUGUAGACCUCUUCUGAACUCAUCUGUGAGUUAAUUUGCUCUGCAGCCACCCUCCCUGGUUCUUCAAACAGCUUGGAGAGAUCCAGAGUCUUCCAUACUGGCACUGAUUUUCUCCUAUCUGUUCUCUCUUGAGACUGUUCACGUGUUCCCUUCCUUCUCGACCAUACUGGAGCUCAGAGAUCUCAGCUUUCUAUCUUUCCUCCCAGCCCCAGGACAUUGCUGUUCUACAGGAUGAAGUUUACGUCUUACUUCCUUCUCAUUCUCAUCCUCCUUCUCCAGCUGAUGAUCCCAAGGUAUGCUCAGUGUUCCUUGGACUCCAUCAUGGAUACAAAGAUAAAGGAAGCUCUCACUGGCUUAGGUAACUCAAAGAAGAUUUCAUGUACCAGUAUCUUUAACUCAGGCAGACUGUCUUCCUGCCCUGCAGGAAUGGUUGUCACCAGCUGUGCUUGUGGCUAUGGCUGUGGUUCCUGGGAUAUCCAGGGAGAAACCACAUGCCAAUGCCAGUGCAGCACUAUAGACUGGACCACUUCCCGCUGCUGCCACCUGACCUGAGGGGGAGGAGGAUGAGAACCCAACUGUGUGACCAUCACAGUAAUGAAACCACACAUCAAACAGGAAACCUGACUCAAACUGUCCCUUUCAUUUGUUACAGCCUGCUUCUUGGGUAGUAAAGACAACUCUUUGCAUCUCUCUGUGUUUGUAUUUUUGAUAUUACUGCCCUGGGCUUAGAAUUCCUCUAGCCAGAAAAUUUGUCCAGCGUCCCAAUUACUCCAUCUCAGCAAGGAUUAGUAAAAAUAUGGGGAGACUGGGGAAAUUUGAGAUUAAUAUUCCAGCCUCCUAGUUCCCUCAUUGUUUAACAAAAGGACAAUGAUUAUGCCAGACAUUUUGCUUGGCACAGAGAAAGUAAAUAACAUGCAUGCUCCUAUGAGGCUCACUGAAUAAAAGAGUGUGGGUUCCAAACUAAGUGCAGGCAGAUUUUCCAAG